CUUAUGCCUUCGUAAAGUCAGCAUCUAGGUCGUAUGCGCGAUAUGCAUGGGUUUUGGACGCCUAAUACUGCACCAGACAUAUAAGAACUUCCUCUCUGGCUUUGUGGAGGCAUCAUUUUCAGGCUUCAUUGUACCAUCAGAUCCAUCAGUCUCGAUCGCCGACUUCUUCUAGUAAUCUGAAAACUAAGAUAUCACCUCCAAAAUGCAGUUCCUCCUCCUCCUUGCCGCAACUUUGAGUCUCGGUGCAGGAACUCUGGCUUCCCCUGCGCCAGUUCCUGAUAGCCUUGACUCGCGGGCUUAUCAUUGGCAUGGUUGUGGCGCCGGUAUUGAGUGCCACUCUGACAGUGACUGUUGGGCGUCCGAAGAUUGCGUACAGACUGCCCUUGGUAGCACCGCCAAUAUCCACUGUGGACAAGAUAGUUACCCCACGGCUUGCUGGGCGGAUUGGACCGAUUAAAUGUUGAGCCUUGGGCUUCUGGGUCAGGGUUGGUUUGCAUCAACGGCGAGCUGCGCGACGGUCACAGUUGGGAAGGUUUCCUUAAGACAAUUAACUUUCUCGGGGGAUAUGGUUAUUUUGUGACAUACACUCUUGUUGCAGAAAGAAUAAUUAGUGGCACAUCCUAAUCAAUUUGGACGCUCGAAGGCCAUUCCAUGCCUUUCUGGUUCCAGAAGAGCAACAGAAGUCUAAUAAAUAAAAG